UUAAAAACGAUUAAAAGAGUUUCCAAAAACGUGUGUAAAUUACGUACUAUAUAAAUAUUAAAAAUGGAUCGGUGAUCCAACUCCUUCUCCUUCAUCAUCAUCGUAUUCACCGUUGUCCUUUCUUUCAUUGACACUUGCCAGUUUACAUCGACAAACAAAAGAAAUCAGAAUGGAUUUCUCAGGGAGCUUCUUUGUCAUCUUCGUUACCUUCUUCUUUCUCCCUCCUCUGUCUUCAGCUGGGAGCUACGAUUCUGGUUCGGGUCUCGAGUCACUCGCUCGCGGGAUGCUUCAUUCAGCCAAGGAUCCUGAGUUCUUCGAGUGGAUGAGAGGAAUUAGGAGAAAGAUUCAUGAGAACCCAGAGACAGGGUUUCAGGAGUUCAAAACGAGUCAACUCGUUCGAGACGAGCUUGACUCGCUUGGAGUGAAGUAUAAGUAUCCUGUGGCGAAGACUGGCGUCGUCGCUUGGAUCGGAUCCUGUUCGAAACCUGUUUUCGGACUUAGAGCCGACAUGGACGCACUUCCGUUACAGGAAUUAGUGGAAUGGGAAUCGAAAAGUAAAGUAGAUGGAAAGAUGCAUGCUUGUGGUCAUGAUACUCAUGUUGCUAUGCUUCUUGGUGCUGCUAAGCUUCUUCAAACCACAAAACACCUCAUCAAGGGGACAGUAAAACUUGUGUUUCAACCAGGCGAGGAAGGUUAUGCAGGUGCUUAUGAAAUGCUAAAAGACGAGAUUCUAGACGACUUAGAUGGGAUACUCAGUGUUCAUGUCUUUCCAUCGAUCCCAUCAGGUGGUAUUGGUUCUAGGCCUGGGACCGUUCUUGCAGGUGCAGGAUUGUUUACAGUCACGGUUCACGGUCAAGGUAGCCACGCAGCUACACCGCACUUCUCUAAAGACCCGGUUCUUGCAGCUUCUUCCGCUGUUGUUGCCUUGCAACAGAUUGUUUCGCGGGAACUGGAUCCACUCGAAGCUGGUGUGGUUACAGUUGGAUAUAUUGAAGGAGGUCAUGCUCAAAACGUAAUACCGCAGAGUGCGAAAUUUGGAGGUACUUUCAGAAGCUUAAGCAACGAUGGGCUUCUAUUUAUCCAAAGACGGAUCAAAGAGGUAAAGAGAUUGUUUUUUACACCAUUUUUCUAUACAAUCUUGUUCUACUAUUCGAAUAAUGUAGGUCCCUAACCCUGUUUAAAUGUUUCUUGAUGAUGAUGCAGAUUUCAGAGGCACAAGCAUCGGUAUACCGAUGCAAAGCAGAAGUAAACUUCGAAGAGAAAAAGCCGUCGCUUCACCCGGUAAUGAAUAACGACGAGGGCUUAUACGAGCACGGUAAAAAAGUAGCGGAAGCGAUGAUUGGAAAGAAUAACUUCCAUGAUUUCCCGGUGACAAUGGGAGGAGAGGAUUUCAGCUUCUUCACUCAAAAGACUAAGGCUGCGAUUUUCGUGCUGGGGGUAAAGAAUGAGACGCUAGGCGCUGGUAAGCCGCUUCACUCGCCUUACUUCUUUGUUGAUGAAGAAGCUCUUCCUGUUGGGGCUGCUCUUCACGCAGCUAUGGCCGUUUCUUAUUUGGACGAACAUGGUCAUAGCCAUGAAGAAGAGGUUAAGAGUGAAUUAUAGAAGGUGUUGGGAGAAAAUCAGCUUAUAUUAGUCAUCAUCUAUUUGUAUUUGAACUUGAAAGUUAGGUGAGGUUAGGUUUCGGGUUGGGAAGAAUGUUUGUUAAUAGUCACGAGAAACCAACCACUUCUAUUAAAAUAAAUUUGAUGUAAGAGUUUUAAAAAUUGAACAAUUGAAAUCUUCAAAAUGAAUACCACUUCUUAAGUUCUCUGUUGACC